UUCCAUUCGCAGUUUAGGUGAGACUCUGCUCUUGACGUGAUGAGUCGCUAUGCCAGCUUUAUUCCGCAAGUAAGUGCCAGAUAUCAAACAGGUGAACAGAUUCCAAGUGCCUGAAUACCGAAACACUACACUGGGUUGGGGUGUGUAAUCUACAUCCGGUCGUUCUGAGGUGUAGUUUGAAAACGAGUGUUUUUAUUUCGAAGAGAUGAGUUCGGGUAAGGCCAGCGAUGAAACUGACCGCAGUGUAGUGACUAAUGGUGACGAGCAGCAUAACAAUGGAGUAGCAAUAUCUAUGGAGUCGCAAAAUAAGAGCUCCAAUAUUCAGGAAACCUCCCUGUCUGUAGAUAGCAGCAGGAUAACAGAUAAGGAGAAUAGUGGCACCUCGAAUUGGGUAAAAUUCGAUGAUGACGAAGGCGGCAAAAAGACUGCAUCAAACCAGCAGCCCAAUGUACCGACCGGCCCUGCAAAAGACGAUGUUACGCCGGCAGUUUUGCCCACCGAAACGGUCCACGUCACAGUCGAUUCAAGGUUUCCUUCUACGCCAAAACAAACCACCAAAAAUCCUACUUCCGGCGGGACACCCGCUCCAGUGGUCACAAGCUCAGCAAGUGGCGUUACAAAAACCUCGCAGCCUGCAGUAAUAGACAUUCCGAAACAGUCAGUCAAUGUCGUUCAACCUAUUCAGUCAAUGCGCACCAUCGAACUGUCCACCGGUCGUGUACGUGAAGGAUUUGCAAAUGGGGAUGUUAUUGUUACGUUGCUUCCGACCAACACCCGUUGGCCAUGGAUAACUCCUGCGGUCUUUCGACCAGAGCUUGUUCCAGAGGAAUUGAUGGCUCAAGGCUUGACGUUAACUGUCGAGGAGUAUGUCCACGCUAUGGAAACAUUAGUUAAUGAUUACCGUUUCACUAUGUACAAUAUAUGCUACAAGCGCGUACUGGUUGUUUGGAUACUUUUCGCCUUUAUUGUACUACUUGGUCUAUUAUUUUCCGGUCUAUAUGGAAUCACAUUGUUUUCGCUUGGCGUUGGCUGGCUGUUUCUCAAUGCAGCCGCCAUUUUCUUAUGCAUGUGGGUUAAACUGCGUUUGGCCCGAGGCCUCGAACGAUGCAUGGCUAGAGUAAACAAACAGUUGAUACGCCACAAAAUACUGCUAGUACUGGAUGAUAGAGGACACAUUUCCUGUCACAAGGUGAAUCUAUGUUUCAUGUAUUUUGAACCAUCGCAGUGCAUCAGCUACCUGAACGAAUUCAUCGAGCGGAGUGAGCAGAACGGAAAUACUAUUGAACCUGGCUGGGAGAGUCGACUUGAUGUUACCACUAACGAUAUUGUUAUCCAAGGAGCCAAUACGACCAGAUUGUCUAGAAAACAGGAACGUGGACUACUGCUGUUACUACGCUACGCCUCCCGCUGGGGUAACCAAUCGAUGCGAGGGUUAAUAGAUGUUACAUCCGUUGAGCCGGCACGACACUGUCACCAAUUUCAGUGUCCCUGUCAAUAUAUUGAGUAUCAUCUGAAAUGUAAACCACAAGGCAAGUUUAAACUUUGUUGCUUAUUUUACUGGGUGACGGCUUCCGAGUGGUAUGGCUAGGCUAAAGAUACUGAUUCUUAGUAUUAUUGUCUUUCUCAUACACCUAUUUGCAUGUUUAACUAGUAUGGUGAUCAGCUACUUAAUUAUUAACGCAAUACUUUUGAUUCAUCUGCCAAAAUUCGACGAAAUUAAUGUGUAAACAACGGGAUCAACUCAAAUGCAUUUUAUAUUCGUGCGAUAACUAAAGAAUCUGUAAAAAAGUAUUAGGCACAAAUUACUUAAUUCAAAUAGAAAUAAAAACGAUUCAUCACUUCGUACUUAAUUAGUACAGUAAAGCUUAUUGGUGCCUCAGUAAAAUUGUUAGAUGUAGUUUUUAUAAUCGUGUAUUACUUUGAAAAUCCACUUAUUCAAACAGUACGCUUCACUCAGUUUUGAGUACUUUGUAGUAAUGUUAAGACAUGUGAUACACCUGAAGAAUGAAGUAAAAUGUUGAAAAUAAACUUAGUCUACUGACUCCGUCCAUCCGCCUCUAAACAUUUGCUCAUUUCAUUGUUAAGCGGAUCAAUGAAGACAAUUGCAAGGAUUUUAGAUCUGAAGUUUUGCAAUAAAAACUAUUAAUGUAUUGAAUACAUCAUUAUAUGUAGUGAAAUAUGCAUAAUUAGUCGAUAAGGCAGUUGAUGUCUUUGAUUAAAUAUACUUGUUACAGUAAAAGUUAUUUGCCU